AUGGCGACCUCCGCAGUGGCAAAGCGCCUCGAGGGCAAGACCAUCGUGGUCACCGGCGCCUCGUCAGGCAUCGGCCGCAGCACCGCGUUCGAGUUUGCCCGCACGAGCCCCAAGAACCUCAAGCUCGUGCUCACGGCGCGCCGCAAGGACGUGCUCGACCAGAUCGCCAAGGACAUCAAUGCCGAGGUCGGCGACGGCGUCAAGGUCCUGCCCGUCCAGCUCGACGUCAGCAAGCCGGACCAGGUCCGCGGGUUCGUCGAGAGCCUGCCGGAGGAGUUUAGGGAGAUCGAUGUGCUGGUCAACAAUGCCGGCCUAGUCAAGGGCAUCGCCCGCGCUCCCGAGAUUGCCGAGGACGACAUGCAGAUCAUGUUCGACACCAACGUGACCGGCUUGGUCAACAUGACCCAGGCCGUGCUCCCCGUGUACCUGAAGCGCGGCGGCGGCGUUGGCAGCGGCGACAUCAUCAACGUCGGCAGCAUUGCGGGCCGCGAGGCCUACGUCGGCGGGAGCAUCUACUGCGCCACAAAGGCUGCCGUGCGCAGCUUCAACGAGAGCUUGAGGAAGGAGCUCGUGCACACGAGGAUCCGGGUCAUGGAGAUUGACCCUGGCCAGGUCGAGACUGAGUUUUCCGUCGUCCGGUUUUACGGCGACAAGAGCAAGGCCGACGCUGUCUACGCCGGCUGCGACCCGCUUACCCCCGACGACAUUGCCGAGGUCAUCGUUUUCGCGGCCGGAAGACGUGAGAACGUCGUCAUUGCAGACACGCUGAUUCUGCCCUCGCACCAGGGCAGCGCGACCGUCAUGCACAAGAAGAGCACCUAG